GGAGAAGAUGCGUGUAUGGUGGGCUAUCUUCUUUCUCGAUCGGCUUGACACUUAUUCUACUGGGAACUCUGAUCGCGCACCACUUGUUCGCGAUGCUCGACUCGGCGCGAUGCUUCCCAGAGAGGAUGACGCAUGGAGUCAAGACCUCAAUAUCAGCGGCCCGUUUCAACCGCUUGUAUUUUCUGCAGACGAUGUUCAGACCUGCGGGGUCUUCGCCAGCGAAAUUCAGGCGCUCUUUGCGCUGCAGAGUGUCAUGCAGCGCACCAGAGAUCCGUCCGUCGAGUUUGAGACACUCUUUGACCACGAAUUGUGGAAGCUCGACAUGCUGAUACAAAAGAAAAUCCGAGAAACCCUGACCAUAAGCUGGAGACGGCUUGAGCACCAGUACACAGUGGUCACUGUGUAUCUCUUGGCACUGAUAGAACUUCACGAAAAGAGGCUGGCGUUGAAUGUCGCUCAAGAACUUCCUUUGUUUGUCAAGGAAUCAUCCAUCGCAGCUCUUGAAAUGGCCCUUACUAUUGCUCAUGAUCUGAUGCGUAUGGAGAAGACUGCGGACAUUCUCAAACUCGACAGGAUGCCUCUUACUGCAGUCAUUCUAUACAAGAAGGUCGGCUUAGCAGCAAUUCUACUAGGGAAACAUUACGGUCGUGACACCGAGACUCUGUUACGAGAGGUGAUUCAGAUGCUCUCGGAACGAAUUUCAAGAAGGUGGAAAAUUGCCCUUCAAAUCGCAUCCCAACUCCACGAGGCCCUUCCUGUUUACAAGGACGUAGACAUGCCUCGUGAACUCAAAUCUAGCUCACUCCAACUUUCACCUCAAGACGAAUAGCUGGUCAUUCACUUCAGACCGCCCGACUUGUUGAGUUCACCGUGGAGUUCGAUCCCAAACUGCCUCCCAGCGCCGCCGUGUAGGCGAGGUUCCACGUCAAACUCACUCCGCUCAGGUAGGGGCUGUCAGGAGUCUGCUUCCUCAUGAACUCAUAACUUUCAACCGCACCAGCCUUGUCCGCAAUCGCGAGGUUGGCGUACACAUGGCCUGCGAAGCCGCCGCUAGUAAGAGAUCCCGACUUAUUGCCGGCAAAAUACUGAUCCCAUUCCUCUCUCACAAAGGAUGCCUUUCGUACAUACGCACUGCUCGGCACGAUGGGCAGCAUAUGAAUGCCCUGAAUAUAGGCAAUUUCGUCGCCAAAGUACGUCGUGUGGUUGAUCUUCCUGUCCCAGAGAAUACCUGUGGCGCGGUUUCCGAUAAAGUUGGGCGGUUGCACAUCGUUGUCGCUGGCCAAGAGGAAGUAUGACUGUAGACUGCGUGCCGUCACGGCAAGCUGGAGAUUGCCUCGGCCCUCAAGUUUGGCGUCUCCAAUCACCUUGCCCCACAUCUUGAUCGCGUACGUUGAGAAAG